CAAAACAAAACCCUAGUAAAUUCGUCAGAUUUUUUCAAAUUCUCCAUCAAUGGCUGUUUCCACCGAUUCUACCGUUGUUUCUCAAUUUGAACUCAUUGGUCCUCCAUCAACUCACCGCCAAACUUCACCAAAACAAAAUCAAAUCUCAAAACCAGAUGAUACAGCAGUGCCUGAUUCGACUCCUGCUUCUAAUGGUUUCAAAUUUCAACAAUCCAAACACAAAUUCUUCAUCUCAUCUAAGAGGAUUGACAGAGAAUGGAUCAGCAACAUAUGUCUCAAGUGGUAAUCCAUUACUUGAUUUCUUCUUCCAUGUCGUCCCUGAUACGCCACCCGAAAGUGUAACCCAAAGAUUAGAAUUAGCUUGGAAUCAUGAUUCCUUAACAGCAUUGAAGUUGAUAUGUAAUUUGAGAGGUGUUAGAGGGACUGGUAAAUCUGAUAAAGAAGGGUUUUAUGCCGCCGCGUUAUGGCUUCAUAAGAAUCAUCCCAAAACCCUAGCUAUGAAUCUCGAAGCUAUGGAAGAUUUUGGGUAUUUCAAGGAUUUACCAGAGCUUCUGUUUAGAUUGCAUGAAGGGAUUGAUAUCCGAAAUAAACGAAAGACCGAAUGGCAGACUGAGAAGUAUAAUUAUCCAGUUGAUCCAGAGACUCGGAAACGUGUUCGUAGGAAUCCAAAUCAGAAGAAUGUGACAGCGGUACAUAGGAGGUAUCCAAUUCAGAAGAAGGCGGUACCGGAUUCCGAUGAGGUUAAGCCAAAGAAGCAGAAGAGUAGGAAGGAAAAGGAGACUGAGUUGUCGAAAAGAGCACUAGAGAGGUAUGGAAAAGAUACCGAGUAUAAGAACUUGCAUGAUAAAGUAUCUGAUCUUUUUGCCGAGUUUUUAAUCUCCGAUUUGAAGUAUUUGAAUUCCGGUGAGACCGGUAAGAUUAGUUUAGCUUCAAAAUGGUGUCCUUCUUUAGAUUCUUGCUUCGAUAAGGCCACCCUUUUAUGUGAAAGUAUUGCUAGAAGAUUUUUUCCCCGUAGUUCGAAUCCUGACUAUGAAAAUAUUGAAGAGGCUCAUUAUGCUUAUCGAAUUCGUGAUCGUUUGAGGAAAGAAUACUUGGUUCCUCUGUGUAAAGUGUUGGAAUUGCCUGAAGUUUACAUGAGCUCUCAGAUGUGGGAAUCAUUGCCGUAUAAUCGUGUUUCUUCUGUUGCUAUGAAAAAGUACAAGAGAUUCUUUGAAGAACAUGAUCAAGAAAGGUUUAAUGAGUAUUUAGAGAGUGUUAACGAAGGGGAGGCAAAGAUUGCUGCUGGUGCAUUGUUACCUCAUGAGAUCAUAGGUUCUUUGAUUGACGAAGAAUUUUUGUUGGAUGACGAGUAUCUUAGGCGUAAAAAUGCUGAGGAUUGUAAGGUUGCGGAGCUGCAGUGGCGUAGAAUGGUGGAUGAUAUGUCAAAAAUUGGAAAGUUAAAUGACUGUCUUGCAAUCUGUGAUGUAUCUGGUAGUAUGAACGGAACGCCAACGGAUGUCUCUGUUGCUCUUGGUUUGUUAGUAUCAGAAAUUACUCAAGAACCAUGGAAAGGACAUGUUAUCACUUUCAGUGAAAUACCUCAACUGCACAAGAUUGAAGGUGAUGAUUUGAGAUCAAAGACGACACCCGUUAAACGGAUGGCCUGGGGAGAAUCAACUGACUUCCAAAAGGUGUUCGACUUGAUACUGAAAAUUGCAGUGGAUGGGAAAUUGAAGGAAGAUCAGAUGAUAAAGCGUCUUUUUGUUUUUAGCGAUAUGGAGUUCAACGAGUCGAGGUUGGAUUCAGCUGCUAAUGACUGGGAGACUGACUACGAGGUGAUACAGAAUAAGUUUAGGGAGAAUGGAUAUAUGAAUGUGCCUGAGAUGGUGUUUUGGAACCUUCGAGACUCUUCAUCAACUCCUGUGUUGGGUCAACAAAAAGGUGUGGCUUUGGUUAGCGGGUUCUCAAAGAAUAUGAUAAAACCGUUUCUCGAUGGUAAGGAUUUAAAUGAAAUUACACCCGUAGGAAUGAUGGAAAAAGCAAUCUCUGGUCAGGAAUACAGCAAACUUGUUGUAGUUGAUUGAGAACUGAUCUUGUUAUAUCUGUGUGAAAGCAAAUAUGUUCUGUCGCAGGAUAUCUGUUCUCUAAUUGCAAGUUUUCAAAUUAUGCAAUUUUAAAGCAAAUUUUGUUACUUCUCCAAUAAUUUUUACUAUUUUAUUUCAUAAGAUUGAACAAAGGGAUGAAUUGUCAGUUGAUGCUGCGGAACAAAACUGUUAUA